CCCAAAUGGAGUAAAUAUUUUGGACAGCAUUGCAAACGCUCAUUGCCUGCGUUUCAACAUCAACAUUGUACCUGCUGCAGACUCACUGCCGCGUGACGAUCAACCUGCGGAUCAACACCUGCGAGAUAUUAUUACCGAAGUUGGACAACCGUUGCUCGCGAUUCCACAUUCUGCUAGCCCGGGACGCACGUCACACAGUAGCAUGGUAGCCCUGGACCCACCUAGCUCAGCGUUGCCUAAUGCCAGUACCAGCAAUCUUCAGCUCACACGUUCCUGCCAUCUUAGUCGUCCCGGCUCUGAGUCUAGCGCUGGGGUCAGGGCUUACCAAGCUGCCGCUCACGGCAAGUAUUUCUCUUUUUACGACGUUACUCAGCCUGAUGCCGUUCCCACUUCCAGACUAGCUCCAGCCGAUCCAGCAUCACAAAUCCUGCUUUACUACCAGAACACCGGCGGCAUCAACAUGUCCAUUGCUGACUACCAGCUAGCAUGCAACGACGCUUGCUAUGAUAUUUAUGCUUUCACCGAAACCUGGCUGAACAACAACACUCUAUCACAUCAACUUUUCAACGAAACGUAUUCCGUUCAGUUCACAACAGUUCACAACAGCAACAAGAGCAGUGGUGGUGGAGUUCUCCUAGCUGUUCGCUCCAGCUUCAAAUCUCGUCUAUUGAAACCUCCUGAGGACUUAACGGUAGAGCACCUGUGGGUGGCGAUUUCAAUGCUUACUGGCACUCUGUUUGUUUGCGUAAUAUACGUGCCUCCCGAUCGCGUCAACGACUGUACCCUAAUAGAAAAGCACACUCUUUCUCUGGAAUGGGUCGUUUCACAAAUGGGAGCUACAGACAACAUUGUCAUUUUGGGCGACUUCAACCUUAGUACAAUAUCAUGGCUUCACGGCAGUAACAACUUCCGGUUCCCAGAUAACUCUCGUUCAUCGAUCAGGCCAGCAUCGUUAGUCCUACUCGAUGCGUACUCUUCUGCUAGGCUCCGGCAAGUGAACGGCACUAUGAACGCCAACAACCGUUUGCUCGACUUGUGCUUCAUCAGCGAGGAGCUGGGACAUAGCUGUUCACUUUUACAAGCUCCGGCACCGCUUGUAAAAAAUUGCAGACAUCAUCCACCUCUGCUAAUGACGUUAGAACUACUUCCUGAGCAUCAUUUUGAAGCAAUCGCUGAAACCGUUCACUACGACUUUUACAACACUGAUUUUGAGGGAAUGAAAAACCUUAUAGCUGGUGUUGACUGGACUACAUCUCUUAGCGGUGACGAUGUUAACUCCGCAGCAUCGACUAUGAGUAACAUUCUUAUUUAUGCAAUUGAUCGGAUUGUGCCUAAAAAACUUACCCGUGAGCAGCCACAUCCAAGUUGGUCAAACUCAGAGCUGAGACGCUUGAAGAGACUUAAAAGGGCGGCACUAAAGAAAUAUAGUAAACGUCGAACCGAUUUGUCGAAAGCUGAAUACUUACGCGCCAACACUGCAUAUAAACGCCUCAAUAGUGCUUUGUACAACAACUACCAGUUUAAUCUGCAGAAUCGACUGAAAACGAACCCCAAAAAAUUCUGGAGCUAUGUGAACAAACAGCGCAAAGAAUUUGAGCUGCCUUCUAGUAUGACCAACGGGACCGACAAUGUUGACACCGUCGAAGGUAUCGCUGACCUAUUUCGCACGCAAUUUUACAGCGUAUUCUCCGCUGAAAAUGUAAACGACCAGACAUUGCGAAUGCCACUAAUAAUUUGCCUACCAUGAGAAUGCUCGGCUCUCCGUUCGUCAUUGAUAGAGACAUGGUGAUUGCAGCCGGGAACCAGAUGAAAAUAUCAAACGGAUACGGCCCUGACGGCAUUCCUUCUCUAAUUUUAAAACGAUGCUUAAAUUUGCUUGCUACACCUUUGGCCAAGGUCUUCAAUUUAUCCUUGACGACGGGCGUCUUUCCCGAAUGCUGGGAGAAUUCCUUCAUCUUUCCCAUCCACAAGAAAGGAUGCAAGCGGACCGUUUCUAACUAUCGCGGUAUAACUAUCGCGUCGCUUAGUUCUGUCUCAAAGCUGUUUGAAAAAAAUGUUCUUUCCAAAUUGACUAAUGAUUGUUCGCACGCCAUCUCCCUGGACCAGCAUAGAUUCAUGCCUAAGCGCUCGACGACGACUAAUUUGAUUACUUUUACAUCGUUCAUUAUACGAGAGAUUGAACACGGUAAUCAAGUGGACGCUGUAUAUACCGACCUUUCCGCAGCUUUCGACAGAGUAAAUCACGAGAUUGCUUUAGCGAAAUUCGACAAAAUCGGAAUGAACGACAAUUUGCUUUCUUGGCUGCGCUCCUACCUCACUGGAAGAACCAUGGCUGUUAAGCUCGGCGAUUAUACGUCGUUUCCGUUUCCCGUUACAUCCGGCGUUCCUCAAGGCAGUCACCUUGGGCCAUUCCUUUUUCUGCUGUUCAUGAACGACUUGAAUUCGAUUUUAAAAUGCAUGAAAUUAUCCUACGCAGAUGAUUUGAAGCUAUACAGCACAAUAAAAAACUCUCUCUUGACGCCCAGUCUCUACAAUCUGACUUGGAAGCCUUCAGCGAUUGGUGCAGCUUAAACAGGAUGUCACUUACUGUGUCUAAGUGCUCAGUUAUCUCCUUCGGUCGAAAACAUGCGAUGUACCUCCACGACUACAGUUUACAAGGAUCUGCUUUGAAACGUGAGACGGUGGUGAAGGACUGGGAGUCAUGCUCGAUUCAAAAUUAACCUUCAAGAAUCACGUUGCUUAUUUAGUUUCAAAGGCGUCGUCGCAACUGGGUUUUUUGUUUCGUUUCGCUAAAAGCUUCAAAAACGUGCACUGUCUCAAAGCUCUUUAUUGCUCCCUGGUCCGUCCUAUAUUAGAAUAUUCCGCCAUCGUAUGGUGUCCUUUUUACCAAAACACAGUUAAGAGGAUUGAAGCUGUGCAGCGAAAAUUUGUUCGCUUCGCAUUAAGGCAGUUUCCUUGGCGAGACUCUCGUAAUCUACCGAGCUAUGAGAGUCGAUGCAAGCUCAUCAAUUUAGAGCUGCUGGAAGGAAGGCGCAACUUGGCCAAGGCCUGUUUCGUGGGAGACCUGAUACAGGGACACAUAGA